AUGCCCAGCGCCUUGAAGCGUCUCGGCAAUGAGCUGCGGGAGGCCUCGCUAAACCCGGAGAGCGACGUGGAGCUGCACCUCCUGCAUGCCAACAGUCUCUUUACGUGGGAGGCGAUUCUGCGUGGCCCCCCCGACACUCCCUUCGAAGGGGGGAAGUACCGUUUGCUCCUACGUGUGCCGCAGGACUACCCGAUGCUUCCACCCACGGCGAACUUUUUAACAAAAGUUUUUCACCCAAACGUGAACUUUGACACCGGCGCCGUUUGUCUUGACAUCCUGAAGAGUCGUUGGUCCCCAGCGUGGACGCUGAACAGUGUGUGCCGCGCCAUUUUGAGCCUGCUGGCGGAGCCGGAGCCAAACAACCCCUACAACUGCGAUGCGGGGAACCUGCUGCGCGCCGGCGACACGGAGGGGUACGCCUCGCUGGUGCGCAUGUACGCCAUCAUGGACGCCGGCGCCCCGCCCUUCCCGGAGCUUGCGUAG